UUAUCCGAGUAAUGCGAUUCAAAGAUGAAUCAAUUACAUUUUUUAUUUUCAAGUAGCACGACUCAACGACAGGUAUUUAAACGGUGCUGCGGAAGAAUGAGAAACGUGAAGAAAAUGCAAAUGAAAAAGAAAGCGUAGUGAAAAAUCGAAAAAAAGGUGAGAGAAGUUUAGACCGCGUUAUCGAGCAAUUUCUUUAUUUCACGUGCGGUGGGAUCUCCAUCUUAACUGAACAUCAAAGGUGCCGACAGGAAGUGGCGCUACUGUGCGUAUUGUGAUCCCGGCUCCAAAACGCGAGUUUAUUGUUGCUGCGGCGGGUUUUGGCGUCGGUGGGCUUUGAAAAUUUCGCGACACGGACCCACCGCAAUUACUAUCGUGACAGAGCGGACACGCGCGUCGGAGCAGAAAGAUGCAAGGCACGAUAAUUGAAAACCUGAGCGGCAAAAAGCUCUCGGUACUGGUGAUACUUUUGAUAAUCGCGCAGAUAGUCUGCUUCUUGAUAGGCGGCCUGAUCGCACCUACGCCUGCCAGUAGUCAAAACAUUCUCAGUACACCGUGCAGAGACGAGCGCGUUAAUGGAUCUCACGAUGAGAAUAAAUGGUUCUACUCGAGGGGAAAGGGCUCCUGCGCCCCGCUGGACAUGGAUCGCUACAGCCUGGAUAAUUACCAUCAGGCUUACCAAAUCGUCUACACGUUUCAGAUGCCCGUGCCUCGAAACAGCAUGCAGCUCGAUUACUCCAGGUGGCAGCAGAACUUGAUAGGUGUCUUGCAAGUGGACAUAGCUUACCACAGUGAGAUCGAAAUCGCUCCUAGGACGAAGGUAACUUUGGACGCACGCCUGGCGUACCGAAACAAGGGAGAUCCAGAUGACGCUUGGAAGCCGUACGCUGCUUCCGUCGUGGAAAGAAAUUUAGAUUGCAGCAUAGAGAACCAACAGGAGCAAUACAAUUACAAUUGUAGCGUCGUACCAUUGUUCGAAUUAGGAUCUCUGUACCACGAUUAUUACCUGUUGAAUAUUCGUCUUCCCGCGGACACGGACAAGAACCAGGGACUGGGGCACAUCGUCGACUUAUGGCUUACAGCUAUUAAUCAAAACGGUGGAUUCACGAAAGUGUGGGUGAGUCUAAAGACCGUCUAUUUCCCAGUAGUGCUAUGUGUCCUGGCUUGGUAUUGGAGGAGAGUGCACAUGUUAUCCAGAUCGCCCGCACUUUUGGAGUACAUGCUCUUAGCUUUGGGUUCCGCUUUAACAUUCCUAAACUUGCCCUUGGAGUACUUAACGCUUGCUUACGAUAUGCCAUUUAUGCUUCUGCUGGGCGAUAUCCGCCAAGGCGUGUUUUACGCGACGUUAUUGUCGUUCUGGUUGGUCUUCGCUGGUGAACAUUUAAUGAUUCAGGAGGGCGAGCAGAGCAAUUCGAUAAAAUGUUACUGGCGGCACCUCUCCGCGGUAGGUACCGGAUGCCUCUCGCUGUUCGUGUUUGACAUGUGCGAGCGUGGUGUGCAGCUGAGGAAUCCAUUCUACUCGAUUUGGGUGACGGAUCUCGGGACGAAAUUGGCAUUGUCCUUCAUUAUUUUGGCUGGCAUAUCUGCUGGGAUAUACCUGCUGUUUUUGUGCUACAUGAUCUGGAAAGUUUUCAUGAACAUUAGCGCGAAGAGAGCGGUCUUGCCUAGCAUGAGUUCGGCGCGACGUCUGCACUACGAGGGAGUUAUAUACCGCUUCAAAUUCUUAAUGAUUGCCACAUUGCUGUGCGCGUCGUUAACGGUUGUUGGAUUCAUAUUGGGACAGGUUGCAGAGGGACAGUGGAAGUGGGAUGACGAGCUACAACUGGAGAUGACUUCCGCCUUCUUUACUGGCGUAUAUGGAAUGUGGAACAUUUAUAUUAUCGCGUUAUUAUGCCUCUAUGCACCUUCUCAUAAGCAGUGGCCAAUUGAACCAUCUGAGAACAGCGUUAGCGAAGACAUCGAAUUCUCUCCGUUGCCAACCGAUCCCAACGAAAUGCUGUCUUUAACUGCGUUCGCACGAAAAGCAGCGGUAGAGUAAAGUAUGUAUCUCAAUUAAUCGACACGUUUGUAAGAAACAAGAUGUUGGCAGCGAACUCGUACACUUAAUGUACUUAACUGUUAGAAAACUUAAUUAGUACUCGUAAGUGUAGGACUGUACUUAGAUUUUACACUAUUUAUUAAGAACACGAAAGGACUGAUAAUACUCUUAUCUUACACAAUUUUAUACGCUAGAUCCGAUUAUUUAUUGCUUCCAGUGUCUUUUUUUCUAUGUUAUUAUAUGUAUACUCAUUUUUAUAGUGUUACACUAUUUGCGACCAGAAGAUAUACAGGUCAUUUCAUCUCUGUAUGUAUUAAUAUAAUAAUCAGAAACGCAAAUUUUCGGAUAUAUUUUAUUAAAAAUUCUUUCAAAUUAUACAAUUUUCGAAUUGUACAAUUUGACAAAGUUGUAAGUUUGAAACGUGUAAAAUAAUAUUUAAAAUCUGCGAAAAGGAAUUUCUUUUUAUACCAGAAUGAGAUAGAAAUUAUUAAUGUUAUUUUAAUAAAUAUUUUUUUCCAAAUUCCGAUGUCUGACAUGGUAUUAUAAUCAUCCUGCAGCUAUAAAGAAUGUUAUGUACAUAAUACAUAAUAAAUGUUAUGUAUUAUAUAACACUCUUGCAAUAUUUAAUAUUUGCACUUAACGUCUCUACAACGUCUGAUUUUGGAAAAAUAAAUUGCACAUAAAUGGUACACAGAGAGAUAAAAUGACUAAAACUCAUGUACUUUAUAAUCGAAAAUAGUUUGAUAAGGAUGUAUCGUUGCACUUCAGAUCAAUUUUUAAAUUGUAAAAGUAUAUUCCACCGAGCUUACUAUAUUAUUGGCUGAAACAUUUCAUUUGUUCGUAAACUAAUGAAGUUUUUGGUACUCGCGGGAAAAAUUCCAGAAUUUCUCUCGGCAUAUUUUUUUCGGUGCUUUAAACUAUUUUUCAGUAUUAUACAUUUAUAGUAUUAUACGUAUACAUUCAUAUAUAUAUAUAUAUAAAAUUAUGUAUUACAUAUAACUUUUUUAUAUGUACAUGCAUGUAUACGUAAUAUAUUUAGAGUAUUACAUAAUUUACAAUGUCUAAAUACGAGCUAGGCGAUAGCAUUCCUUUAAUUAUCGAAUUCCCCGGUAUUAACGCGUGACUUAUCUAUUAGCAUAAGAGCUGUGACUAUCGUAUAUUAGAACAUUAGAAAACGUUUAUUAGUCAUACUUCAUUAGUAGGGAAAAUUUCUUAAUUACUAACGUAAAACUGAAAGUACUGUGGCAUUUCAAUUCCAUUUUGCGAAACGUUGCGGAUAUUAGGUGUCCAUGUAAUUGAUUUAUUGUUAAUUUCAGCAGAAUAAUGAAUUAAUUUAGACGAUAACUUGGGAAAUAUAUAACAUUGUAGUUAUCAUAUAUUAUGCAUGAGUCAUGAAGAGAAGAACGUAAUUCUUAAUCCAGUAAAAAUAAUUUGCGUAAGUCUCGUAUGAUAUCUGUAUCGAUCGAUUAUUAUACAUAUCAUUAUUGGGCAUUCAUCUAUCAUUUGUAAUGCAAUAGAUUCAGUCAUGAUUGCUAGUAGCAUCUAGAACCGUUCAUUUAAUACGAUAUGUAUUUGAAAAGGAAAAUUCCGUACAGAGAGUUGUGCCAAGUUACUUAGGUCUGUCACUUAAUACAAUGUCGGUGUCUUCUAUAUCAUAUAUAUAUACAUAUAUAUAUACACACACACACACUAUUCCAUAGAGAAAAUAUUAAUGAAAGUCCCAAUUCACGUGCACCAUAAACACGAGGUGUUUUUAUAUAAAUCUAUAGCCAAUAAUUGGAUCGAAAAUUUUGAUAAUACUUUACAAGUAAUCGCAUGUACUUAAUACACGUACUUAGGUGUAGACCUCUUAAGAUACUGCCCAUAAAGUAUAGCAUUUGAUAAGUAACGUGCAAUAAAAAUUUCUCCUUAUGUCAAUUUAAUGUUAGUGCAUAUUCAUCAAAUUAAAUAGCAUAAUAGAGUAUUGUAGGCGUAUAAUCGGUAUCCGUUAGACGCGUAAGUGGAAUUUAAGAAAGAUCGCUCCGCUUUUGUCAUUGAUUGACCAACAAAUUCAACAAUUAAGUAAUUUAUCGCCCUUUAAUGAUUUUGUUAAGAAUUAAGAAAAUUGCGUUAUCAUAAUUUUCAAAAAUAAUGUUACGUUUUUCUAUCGAAAAGUAAUCGUACGAUCCUCUGAUGCGUAACACGGUAUUGUGAUCAUCCUGUAUAUUGAUCAAGGUUUUAUGUAAUUUAAUAAUUUUGAUACACUUUUUAAAUAAAUCUGUUGUAACCACUUCUGCGUUUUAAACGUACGAUGUAUUAUCUAGCAGAACGAAAUAUUUAAAACCAAAUACACGAAUUAUGCCAAAUCGCAGUUUUCAUUCCGUGAUGCUUGAAUUCCCCUCACGUGCCUGCGAAAAAAAAAUGGCGGCGUAUCUAGUGAGUUCGGGAGACCCGAGGAGUAACUUGAGCAGCGAGUAAAUCGGAGCAAUCGGUCAGUUUCCGCGACCUAACCUGUCCUCGCGGGGAUGCUCGGCUGCGAUUGGUCGAUCGCACCUUCCGAUACGUUUUAAAGUUCGCCGUAACGUCAGUGGAGAUUUUCACAGUGCGGUACGCGCAUGCGUCGGUCAUCGCUGUCGUCGCUCGUCGGAGGCAGCAGCGUCGGCCAGGCCAGGAGAGUCCAGUGUGCAAGCGACAAGAGCGGAAUCAGAUGGUGGCGAAGAUCGUGGAUUGACAGGUCGCGGGGUGUACGAGCGAGAGCGA